UUCUGCCUGCCUCCCUUCCUCCUUCCCCGACGGAGGCCAGGGGUCUCUCUCUCUCUCUCUCUCUGCUGGGUGUGCGGGCGGGGGCCAUGCCGGAGCCCGGGGCUGCCUCUGGUGCUGCUGAAGCCUAAGCAGGAGGAGGAGGAUGCGGGAGCUGCCCGGCGCCUGGCUGCAAAAGGCGUGCCGCCUCCUGGUCCUCUUCUGCCUCCUCCAUCUCCUGGCCGUCCUCUUCUACUACUUGGCCGGCAGCGCCCUCCUGGGAAGACCCCCGGCAGCAGACAAGGAGGGGGGCCUCGCCACUAGGCCCAGCGCCAGGGCAGCACACAGCCCCCCAGGAGACAACGCCUCCAGGGAGUGCCCCCAGACCUCCCCCUGGCUGGUCGGCCCAUUGCAUGUGGAGUUUUCUCAACCUGUGAAUUUGCAGAAUGUGGAGAAGGACAACCCAGAAGUCAGGGAUGGAGGCCACUACACCCCCAAGGACUGCAAAGCACUUCAGAAAGUGGCAGUUAUUAUCCCAUUCAGAAAUCGGGAUGAACACUUGAAAUACUGGCUGUAUUAUCUCCAUCCGAUUCUUCAAAGACAACAGCUUGAUUAUGGUAUAUAUGUAAUUAACCAGGGUGGAGAAGAGACAUUUAAUCGUGCAAAGCUUUUGAAUAUAGGCUUCACGGAAGCUCUGAAAGAAUAUGACUAUGACUGCUUUGUAUUUAGUGAUGUUGACCUAAUCCCCAUGGAUGACAGAAACAUCUACAAGUGUUACAGCCAGCCCAGGCAUCUCUCGGUAUCAAUGGAUAAAUUUAAUUUUCGCUUACCUUACAACCAGUACUUUGGAGGUGUGUCUGCUUUAAGCAAGGAACAAUUCCAGAAAAUCAAUGGGUUUCCCAAUAACUAUUGGGGCUGGGGUGGUGAAGAUGAUGACAUUUAUAACAGACUAGUUUUUAAAGGCAUGGGGAUCUCUCGCCCAGAUGCUACAAUUGGAAAAUGUCGAAUGAUUCGCCAUUCAAGAGAUCACAAAAAUGAACCUAACCCCCAGAGGUUUAACAAAAUUGCUCACACAAAGGAGACAAUGAUGUCUGAUGGGUUAAACACGCUGACCUACACGGUAGUAAAAACUGAGAAAUUCCCUUUGUAUACAAAAAUCACAGUGGAUAUUGGAUCACCAAAGAGCUAGUGCAACAGAGGCACAACAGAGUUGGAGAGUUUACUUACCCAGGAACUGCCUAUAUCAUGAACAUGUUAUAUUUGCUGUUUUUAUUACAAUCACCGUGAACAAGGAUGCCUUAAUUUGCCAGUCUGAGGCCUUUAAGCUUUCUGAACUAAAAAAAAAAAAGAAUUUUAGUCUCAAAGUUUUCAAUAUAAAUCUUUUUCUUCCCUUCUGUUUUUUU